AUGACCGAGCCAGAGAACUUCGAGGACGAUCUCUUCGCCGACCUUUACGACGACAACGAUGCCCCCAAGCCGGCCCCUGCGGCUGCUCCUGCGGCAGCACCAGCGCCAGCAGCUCCCCCUGCCCCAGAAGUGCAGCCUCCUACUAACAGUCAUAACGACGAUGAUCACAACGCUACAUACCAACAUCAGGAUGUCGGAGGUGAUGAACACAUGACUCAAGAUCAGGAUGAUGACGACGAUGAUGUUGAUUUCAAUCUCGGCGGGGGAGGCUAUGGCGGUCACACAGGCCAGUCUGGCAUGCAUGAUGAUGCUCAGACACCUCCUUAUGGAACCGUUCACAAGGCAAGUGCCAAAGAAGAUGGUAAAAUGUUCAUUGGUGGUCUCAACUGGGAAACUACCGACCAAUCUCUAAGAGACUACUUCUCACAAUUCGGCGAAGUUGUUGAAUGCACUGUCAUGAGAGACAGCAGCACAGGACGGUCACGAGGAUUCGGCUUUCUUACCUUCAAGGAUGCCAAGACAGUCAACAUCGUCAUGGUCAAAGAGCACUUCCUCGACGGCAAGAUUAUCGAUCCCAAGCGAGCUAUUCCUCGAGACGAACAAGAAAAGACAAGCAAGAUCUUUGUUGGUGGUGUUAGCCAAGAAACCACCGACCAAGAAUUCAAGGAGUACUUUGCUCAGUUCGGCCGCGUCGUGGAUGCGACUCUCAUGAUGGACAAAGAUACUGGCCGCCCAAGAGGUUUCGGCUUUGUCACAUUCGAGAACGAAGCGGGUGUCGAUGCCUGCAUCAACGUGCCCCUAGAGAUCCACGGAAAGCCAAUCGAAGUCAAGAAAGCCCAACCCAGGGGCAACCUUAGGGAGGAAGAGGAAGCUUCGCGACGUAGCAAGUUCAGAAAGGACGGUGACCAGUCGAGCCAAGGCUCAAUGGGCCAGCAGAUGGGCAACAAUGGCAUGACACCCCAAGUCAUGGCCCAGUACUUCCAACGAAUGCAGCAAUACUUCACCAUGAUGCAGUCUCAGAUGGCUAUGAGCAGAGGAAUGUCCAUGAACCCUGCUAUGUGGCAAAACAUGAUGCAGAUGCAACAAAUGCAGCAGCAGAUGAUGGGAGGCAGAGGAGGCGGUGGCGCCAAUGCUCAGAACAUGAUGCAGAACAUGAACCCACAGAUGGCCCAGCAAAUGCAACAACAGAUGCAGCAGAUGAUGCAGCAGCAGGGUCAACAAGGCGGCCAAGAUGCUGGAUCUGACGUUGCUAGUCCCACUGCAUCUGCUAGUGGCGGUGCUGGCCGUGGCUACGAUAACUACAGCCAAUAUCAGCAGCAGCAGCAGCAGCCUCAAGGAGGCCGUCGAGGAGGACGCGGAGGAGGUUAUGGCAACCAUGGAGGACAUGGAGGCUACAAUAUGGGAGGUGGUGGAGGAGCUCCUACUUCAUGGGAAGGCAUGUACGACGAUGUCCCUCAACCCGGUGGCUUUAACCGCGCUGGUAGUGCUGGCGGAAGCUCUGAUCCUCAACAUGCGCCACCAGCCAACGCGCCCACCGGCCCCAAGAACGCUGGUAAGCCAGGAGCCAACUACCGCGGUGGUGGACGAGGAGGAAAUCGUGGAUUCCACCCUUACUCUCGAUAG